GUGACUGUGACGUCACGGCAUUCGAGGAAAAACAGAAAUCGCCGCCAUAUUGAGGAAGUGGCGAUUGAUUCUAUUGUUGAUAUUUUCGUCUCUAGUAUCAUACACUUUAUCUUUUCUUACACUACAAGAUACAAUUACUACUGCGCGGUUACAUUCAAUAAUUCGAAAGAAUGGGCUGCAUUAUAGGUAGUAUCGGGACCAGUUUAGCCUGUUGUUGUGGCAGUGCUGCGUGUUCCCUUUGUUGUUCAGCAUGCCCAUCUUGCAAAAGUUCUACUGCAAGUCGGAUUGGCUAUGCACUCAUGCUCUUAUUCAGUACAAUUGUGGCAAGCAUUAUGCUUAUACCAAACUUACGAACAGAACUUGGCAAGAUACCAGGGCUUUGUAAUAACUUCUUUGGUCCCUCAUUGCCUCAAACCAACAGAACAGUGUUUUGUGAUGAAGUUGUUGGUUAUUUGUCUGUCUAUAGAGUUUGCUUUGCAACGACUGCAUUUUUUUUCCUAUUCAGCAUUAUUAUGAUAAAUGUAAAAUCAUCACGUGAUCCGAGAUCUGGAAUUCAAAAUGGGUUUUGGUUCUUCAAAUUCCUUAUCUUGAUUGGACUUGGAAUUGCUGCUUUUUUCAUUCCUCGUGGGGCCUUUGGUCAGGCUUGGAUGGGAAUUGGUAUGGCUGGAGGUCUGCUCUUCAUCCUGAUACAACUGAUCCUUUUGGUAGACUUUGCUCAUGGCUGGAAUGAGAGCUGGGUUGAAAAAUAUGAAGAAACAGAGUCCAAAUGCUAUUACUUCGGAUUGUUGUUCUUUACUGCACUCUUUUACGUACUCUCCCUUGCGGCUGUGGUACUCUUCUACAUCUUCUAUGCUGCGGAUUCAGAAUGUGUUGCUCAUAAAUUCUUUAUCAGCUUCAAUUUGAUUCUUUGCAUUAUUGUGUCCAUUAUUUCUGUCUUACCAAAAGUGCAAGAAGUCCAACCAAGAUCUGGUCUCCUUCAGGCAUCAGUCAUCACGUUUUACUGCAUGUAUUUGACUUGGUCUGCCAUGACCAACAAUCCAGAUUGUGUCUGCAAUCCACAAGAGAAAUGUCCCAAUGAAAAAGGAGACUUUGCGAAACUGGGUAUAUUCGAUUGGCAGAGUAUUAUUGCUUUGCUUCUGUGGCUUUUUGCAGUUCUCUAUUCAAGUAUUCGUACUUCAAGUAACAGUCAAAUGGGUAAGAUUACCAUGUCAGAGAGAACUAUUCUGCAGUUGGAUACAGAAAAACUUGGAAAUUCUUUUUAUGGAGGUUCCACUAAAUCUGAAGAUGGUGAAACUGGAAAAAGUGGACAGAAUGUCUGGGACAACGAGGAUGAAGAGGUUGCUUACAGCUACUCUUUCUUUCACUUCAUGUUCUGCCUAGCCUCCCUCUAUGUCAUGAUGACUCUCACCAACUGGUUUAGACCAAGCUCAGAUUUGAAAACCUUAAAUUCCAACCUUGCAUCAAUGUGGGUGAAAAUUAUCUCCUGUUGGCUUGCUCUGGCUUUAUAUGUGUGGACCUUGGUUGCACCAAUUAUACUGAGAAACAGAGAUUUUACUUAAAGG